AAAAUAGUUUCUCUCUCUUCCCUCCAUCUCUCAAACUCUGCGACUUCUCCUCUUCACAAAAUCUGAAUAAAACCGCAGCAAAUUGAAGCAAAAUCCACACAUCUUCAUAUUUAUAUUAGUGUGAUUGUGCCUGUGAUCUUUUUCUUUUUCAGGAGAGCGUUCAUUCGCGUUCCGGCUUGGUUACUGAAAAGAUGAGCCGACCAACCACUCGGAGUAAAAAUAAAAGGCACAGACAAGGGACUGAUUCUGAUAGCGCUUCUGAAAUAUUGAGGAAAAUUCAUUCAACAGGUGAAGUAACCGAUGAUGAUGUGAAACAGUUGUACAUGAUUUUGAAACCAGUUUGUCAAAGCUGCCGUGUGAAUACUAAAGAUAACCCUAAUUGUUUCUGUGGGCUGAUUCCACCUCACAAUGGAAGUCGUAAAUCUGGCUUAUGGCAGAAAAUUUCGGACAUUCUUCAAGCUCUUGGUCCAGACCCAUGCAAGGAUCUUCGUGCUUCUGCUUUCUCACCUGCUGGAUUGACUAAUUUGGGCGCAACAUGCUAUGCAAAUAGUAUACUGCAGUGCUUAUACAUGAAUAAAUCAUUCCGUGAAGGUGUUUUCUCUGUUGAGCCUGAUGUUUUGAAACAACAUCCUGUGUUGGAACAACUUGCAAGACUUUUUGCACAGUUGCGUGCCAGUAAAAUGGCUUUUAUUGACUCAGCUCCAUUCAUUAAAACAUUGGAGUUAGACAAUGGAGUUCAACAGGAUAGCCACGAGUUCUUGACCUUGCUUCUUUCUUUGCUUGAGCGUUGUUUUAGCCAUUCUAAAGUUUCCAAGGCUAGAACAAUUGUUCAAGAUCUUUUCCGUGGGAGUGUGUCCCAUGUGACAACGUGCUCAAAAUGUGGAAAAGAUUCUGAAGCUUCUGCGAAGACGGAAGACUUUUAUGAGCUUGAGUUAAACGUCAAGGGCUUAAAAACUAUAGAUGAGAGUUUAGAUGAUUACCUUAGUGUGGAAGAGCUUCACGGAGAUAAUCAGUAUUUUUGCGAAUCAUGUAGAGCAAGAGUUGAUGCUACUCGGAGCAUCAAGCUACGCUCACUUCCUGAAGUUCUUAAUUUUCAGCUCAAGCGUUGUGUUUUCCUUCCAAAGACGACUAUGAAGAAGAAAAUCACUUCUGCUUUUUCUUUCCCUGGAGAAUUGAAUAUGCAGCAGAGACUCUCCGAGCCAUCUCAGUUUGAUUUGAUAUAUGAUUUGUCAGCUGUUCUGAUUCACAAGGGAACUGCUGUAAACAGUGGUCAUUACAUCGCGCUUAUUAAGGAUGAGAAUACAGGGCACUGGUGGGAAUUUGAUGAUGAGCAUGUCUCAAACUUAGGUCAUUGUCCUUUUGGAGAAGGUUCUUCAAGUUCCUGUAGUAAAGGUGGUUGUUCUGAGCCUGUUGUUUGUCCAUCGAAUACAGAAGGAAUGGAUGGCAUGAAUGUAAACCAUGCUGUUCUUCAGCCACAGUCUUCAGAAUCUUGUAAUGGUUGUAAUGUAGAGAGAUUCACCUCAAAUGAUGCAUAUAUGUUGAUGUAUAACCUGAGGUGUAGCAAGAAAGAUGCCGAGAAGAAACAUGUGGCCUGUGAUGUCCACAAUAUGCAAAUAGAAAAUGAUACUGUCUUUUUCCAUGAUGGUGUUUCUCUUCCAUCUCAUCUUUGUGAAGAGAUAAAAGAAUUGAAUUCAUCAUAUGUUGAUGCUUGUGAACUAUACAAAUUAAAGCGGGACAGAGAAUUGGAUAUUAUUACAAAACGCAGACAGGAAGUGCGGUCAGUUCUUUCUGAAGCACCUGUUCGGUCAAUCGAAGAACCAUUUUAUUGGAUUUCCGCAGAUUGGCUUCGCCAAUGGGCUGAUAACAUUUCCCCACCUGUUCUAGACAAUGCUCCUCUGCAAUGCUUGCAUGGGAAAGUUCCAGUAUCAAAGGUUGGCACCAUGAAGCGAUUAUCCACUGAAGCUUGGAUUAAAUUGUUCUCUAAGUAUGAUGGGGGGCCAACCCUGACCAAUGAUGACUACUGUUUGAAAUGCCUUAUUGAUGGUGCGCGGACUAUGGUAUGUGCUGAUAGCUAUAGAGAUAGAAGAAAAUCAAUGAAAGAGCUUGCAGAUGACGUGUUAUCAGGAAAGUUUGGAGAAGGAACAUACUAUGUGUCUAGGCCAUGGUUGCAACAAUGGACAAAAAGAAAAAAUCUUGAUGCUCCUUGUGAAGCUGAUGCAGGACCAACGACUUCAAUUAGGUGUCCCCAUUGGCAACUGAUGCCGGAGCAAGCUCCUGGUGCUAAGCGAUUAUUGGUUCCUGAGAGUCUCUGGCUCUUCAUUUAUGAAGACGCUAAAAAAGUAAAACCUAAUGAUCUUUUGGGUUGUUCAGCUUUUCCAUUAGACUCUAAACAGUGUAACGAAUGCAGCGAAGAACUAUCUGAAGUGGCAUGCAUGGAGGAUUCUAUAAGGGCUCUGAAGCUUAAACAGCGCCAAAAUCAUGAAAAAUUAGCUCUGGGUAGAAGUAUUCCACUAUCUUUGCAUGGCAAAUAUUACUUGGUGCCCUCAUCAUGGCUUACAAAGUGGAGAAACUACAUAAGUACAAGUGGAAAAAAUGCUUCAUCAUCUGUGGGACCUGAAAUUCUGGAUGGUGUCAUUGAUUCAGUUAAAUGUGAAAAGGUAAAUUGCUGUCUCCAUUACGCACAGGUUUUAUACGUUGUUAUAUAUUUACACUAUUGGUAAAAGCUCUUUUUAUUUUCUCUCCUCUGGGGAAAGGUAACUUGAUGCGUUUGGCUCCCUCCAAACAGUGACAUUUUUUAUAAUCUGAAUUGAUGGGAUCUUUUGACGUUGGUAUAAAACUU